AUGGACAACCACCUGUCCCUCAGCGAGAAGGGCGCCGCCGUGAAAGCCACGUCGAUAUCCAACACAUCCAUGAGCACCCUCACAAAGACGGUCUCUGCCUCGUCCCAGCAGCAGGCCAACAUCGAGUCGCUGCCGGCGUACGUGAUCGAAUGGAGCCCGCAGCAGCGGCGGGUGCGGUUCCUGCGGACGACGGACGACCUCGCGACCGAGCUCAGCCCAGCCAACUGCGAGCGCCUCAACGACUCGCUCAAGCGCCUGUUUGUCGUCCACGGCAGCCCGCAGGAGUACGUGAGGCUGCUGCAGCGGGCCCUCUCCAUCGACCCGCUGUUCAUCAAGGCGCAUGCGCAACGACGGAGGUACUCGCCUAUUCACCGCCGGCCGGGAGACCGCUGGGCGUGCUUCGAGUACCCCGAGCUGUGUUCUUAUGGAAACACCGGUGGCGGGGACGCCGAGGCGAAGGAGGGAGCACAGGCUGCGCUGCCUGCGUAUCCUCUGUCGGACGAGAGUUCUGAUGCUGUGAUGUUCUGCCGGGCAUCGCUGUGGCUCAAUGGCGAGAAUGACGGCGUCCUGUUUCUCAACGACCCACCAUGGGCAGGCUCAAACCCCCUCAUGCGCAAGCAGACGACAAUGGUGGCCCUGCACGCCGCAGCCCCAGACAACACGGGCAGCCGGGACGACGAGAGCGUCGACGAGCACCACUCGAGCCUCGAGGUGAUCCUGCAGGAGGCGAUGCGCGACCCGCAGCAGAUGCGCCUGGGCGUCCGCGCCCUGCUCUCGGAGCUCGUCUACACGCACUGGCUCGCGUACUUCGAGUCGCCGCUCAUCGACCCGGAGGAGCACCCGGCGCACGUGCUGUCGCUCGCCUGGCGCGUCCAGCUCGCCGUCGAGCACAACCUCAACAUCACCCGCUACCUCACGCGCUGGGGCUUGCCGAUGCCCAUCACCGCGACGGAGUGGGAGGGGCUGCUGGACCGGAACGCGCGCCGCGUCGACCUUGCCACUGUCGCGGCUGGGGGGGCCAAGGCCAUUGCUGACGAGUUCCGGUCGAUCCAGGCCGGGAACAACACAAAGCGGUCGCUUGCGCCAGGCGAGAAGGACGAGAACUCGAGGGGUCUGGACCGGAUCUCAUACCUUGGUGGUAUCCUACUGCCGUUUACCAUUGUCCCUUCUAUCCUGUCUAUGAGCGACCCAUUCGGCCCGACUGGCGGAUUGUUCUGGGUAUUCUGGGUCGUGUGUGCGCCGCUCACCGUCAUCACGCUGCUGUUCAUCUACGCCGACUCGAUCCGCAAGGCUACCGUGUGGAUCGAGGUCGCUGCCGAUGAGGCCAAGAUGGAGGAGCAGGCGGGCCAGACCGCAGGUGCUGUUGAUGACGACGGCGCAUUUGAGCCGAAGCCCCUGCUCGGCAGCAGUAAUACCGGGGGACCUGGCCACGUCAUGGAGGAGGGAGUUGAGACCUUCCCCACGGUGGUCAUCCAGAGGCCACAGGAUGGCAGGCCGGCCAGGGCGUACAAGAGGCAAGAGCUGGGCUGGACCGGAGCCAUGAAGACCAUGGUCGGAGCCCACUAUUACGGAAAGCACAAGAAGACCGAGUGCGAGCAUACGACGGCCGAUGAAUAG